UUAAUAAGUGGCAACAAGAAUAGAUAAAUAACAUAUGUUCACAUCUCUUAUCUAUCAAAUUUUUCUUAUCUGUAAUGGUAAUAUCUGAAAAGACGUGUGCUUUUGCAGACCGAUGAAUCUGAAAUUCUGAAUGUUAUUUGAAAAUGGCAGAUUCCGAGGUUCUGAAGAGGUUAAAGGAUAUUCCAUUUAAAAUUCAAACCGCAAGUUUGAAAGAAAGACGAGGAGUUAUUCAUGAAAUCCAGAAUGUUUUAUCUACACCAGGAAUCACUGAGCCUGCUGUACGCUUUGUGUGCCGAGUGUUGCUAUUGACUCUACACAGAUAUAGGGACUCAACGUCUCAAUCAUAUGUGAAAGGUCUGUUAGCCUGUCUGGCAUCGCAGCAUCGGGAAUGGACUGUCAAAAGCCUCUUACCUAUAUUACUAGAAGUGUCGGAGCAAGUUAAAAAUACAGCUCCGUCAAAGAGCACAGCUCAAACUGGUCUAUAUGCUCUGCGGUGGAGCACCAUACUGGUGGAGGGGGCUCUGAAGAACACCCAGGAAGAUGUGUUGGACUACAACAGCCUGGUGGCAGUGCAGGCCAACCUCCUGGCUACUGUCACGGCCUUUGGCUCCAAGAAGAAAAAUAAUAAGAGUUAUUCAAUGUUACACAAUUCAUGGAAGUUGAUGGGGAAUGAGAAGUUAUCGAAGUGGGUGAAUGUCCUGGUGUCCCGAGCACCUGACUCCGGACCACAAGUGUGUGUCACGUUCUCAGCGUUGUGUCGGCACGGGAAGGACGUCGGCGAUGAUACGUUCUUUGCUCAGCACAAGGCAAAAAUGUUGGACAGCCUCAUAAAGAGUCUCAUCAGCGUGAAGACGAGACCGAACGCCAACUACAUCCAGGGCUGCUCGGACCUGCUGGGCCUGCUGCCGCAGUCGGACGUGCAGGACACCUUGCUGCCAGCUCUGCAGAAGGCCAUGCUGAGGAGUCCGGAGACCAUCAUAGAAGCGGUCGGGGAGGUCCUGCACCAUCUGAAUGUGUGCGUGGAUGGAGUCGCGGUCGAGAUAGGAAAGAGCCUGAUAGUAAAUCUGCAUUCACGCGAUACUUGGGCGCGUGCGGCGGCCAGCGGGGCCCUGGCGUCGCUGGUGCGGCGUGUGUCGGGCAAGGAGGCGGCGCGCGCUCUGCUGCAACACGCCUUCACACACUACAACGGAGCUAACGGGAAGCUCACCUCCAGCGAGGACAAAAUGGCCGUCUUGAAUGGUGUCGGAGUGCUGCGGUCGCUGGCUGUGAGUCCCUCGGAGCGGGCAGGACUGUUCGAGGAGGUGGUGAGUCACACCAGCCGCGUGCUGGACAGCGAGACGCACGAGAAGACACUGUGCGUGGCCCUGGAGGUGCUGCAGAGUUGGCUGGAGACUCUGGACGUCGUGGAGCUCGACAAAGUAUAUCAGAUAUACAAGAAAGGUAUGGCAGCCAAGAGCGCGACUCCGGCGGUGCGUGUGUCGUAUACGGCGUUGGUGUCGCUGGCGCUGCGCCGCCCGGGCUCCGGGGACGCCGCCCCCGCGGCGCUGCGGCUCGCGCUGCGGGCGGCGAUGGACAAGGCAGCGGCGCAACCGCUUCAGCAGCAGGUGGUGUUCGAGGGUCUGGGUGCGUGCGCAGCGCUGAGCGCCCUGGAGCCCCCGCCUCGGACUGUCCUCACCGCGAUGCUCCAAGACAAGACGCUCGCCGCGGCGCCUGAUGACGUCCUAAUCCAGGUGGUGUUGCUGUGUAGAACUGUGCUGGACGGAUGCGACGGGCAGGGCUCCGACGACGACACCGUGUUGAAGGCCUUCGUCCUGGCGCUGCUGUCUCCGGUGCGGGCGGUGAGGGUCGCCGCUAUACAGGAGGCUAAAACCCUGCUCGCCCGACAGGACAAGGCCGUUCUGGCGAGACAACUGGUCAAGAAACUGAACGAGGUCUUGGAGGAAGGGAAGAUAUUCGCCGUGAAAGAGAAGUCUCCGCCGGAAGAAAGAGCCGAUGUGACCGGAAAGAUGAUACUGGAUUGUGUACAGGCGCUGUGUUGCUAUAGAGAUUACAAGCCGGAGGAUGCGGAGUUACUCGCCCUGGAGGUGCUGCCCUGUUACAACCAGCCCCUGGCGCUGGCCGUGAACAGGGCCGCCUGGCUACGACUGGUGAGGUACCUGGGACUCCGGCCCGAAAAACUCGUCGACAAACACCUGGCGCAGCUAAGGGACGUCUACAUCGACGGGUUCUCUCCCACCGAGACGUGUCGCAGCGUGGUGUCGUUGCUGUGCAGAGUGAGUCCUAGCGGUGCUGGCGAGGCGGCGGCGGGCGCAGCCCUAGCUCUGUUGCGACGUGCCGCCAACCACGCCGUCUCCAGGGACGACUACUUCGUGUACCUCACUCCGCCUGGACUUCUAUAUGACAAGAGCGUCCUGCCCGGGAACGACGAGGGCAACGAGAUGAAUCUCAAGAGGGAGAGUAAAGCAUACAGCUACAAGGAACAGCUGGAGGAACUGCAGCUGAGGAGGGAGCUGGACGAGAAGAGGAGGAGGGAGGGGAAGGUUAAAGAGGUGCCCCUGACGGCUAAGCAGAGAGAAGCUAUGAAGGCCCAACUCGUCAAGGAGAGCGCCAUCAGGGAACGACUCAGUGUGCUGAACGGCGAGGUGGAGCGCGGGGUGCAGCUGGUGGAGGCGCUCAGUGCCGGCAGCAGUCUGUCUCUGGGGGCGUGCGCGCGGCACGUGGUGCGCGCUCUGUUGGAUGCGCUCCGGUCGCCGCUGGCAGCGCCCGCCGCCGCACGCACCUACCGCGCCCUGAGGACCGCCCUCCUACCCCGACACCCCCAGCUGGGCGAGCAUGUCGCGCGCGUCACGCUGCGACUGUGCCGUCCGCAGUGCGACCUCGACCCCGCCUGGGAGGACGAGCCUCUCGACCACGCCGUCGCCAGGACGAUACACAUGCUGCAUCAUGAGACGGUCGGAGAAGACGAGCGCCGCACGCACCAGCGCCACCUCGCCGCGCCGGGGUUCUGCUACGUGUUCCCGCUGCUUAAGAUGGGUCUAGCGAGCGGCACUUCUCAGCGUGACGAGGGGAUGGUGACCAGCGGGCUAAGUGUACUGACGACACACGUGGCGCUUCGCGGAGACGCCGGCUCGCUGUACGAUCCCGACCAGCUCCACCCGCAGCUGUUCCCCGUCGACCAGAUGUUCCGACUACUCAUCGACAUCAUCGGCAGUAGUACCGGCCGAGGGCGCGCCGCCUGCACGGUGGCGUUGUUGGAGACUGCUCGCUGUAGCGCUCGUGCCCCGCUGACCCACGACGACGUGCUCUGUCUGCUGGCUGGGCUGCAGGACCCACAGGAAGCCGUGCGAGACGCCGCCCUGCGCGCGUUGCUCUGUUUGCCAGAGAGACUCGCUCCUUUCCUCGACGACCCCGAGUCCGCGCUCAACCUCACCAUGAGGCUGUACAUCGCCACUUUCGACGUCUCCGAAGACAACAAAAAACUGGCCGCAGAGUUGUGGUCGUCGCUCCCUCAAGCGGAUCGGUGGGUGGACAACGCUGCGGAGGAAGUGCUCGCGUUGUUACUGCAACAGGUGCAGCAUCCCGCCGAGGAAGUCCAGCGAGCCGCCGCCGCCGCUCUCGCUGCGCUCGUGGGCCGCGCGCCGGACCCGCACGCUCUAGCAGACGACGUGCUGCGGCAACUGCACAACAUCUACGAAGAAAAAUUACCGAUGAUCCCGGCAGUGCUCGACCAGUUCGGACACGAACAGGAGGCGGCGGUGGAUGCGUGGGGAGCGCGCCGAGGCGUGGCGUUGGCGCUGCAGGCUCUGGCACCCCGCGUGGCCGCAGCGGCCGUCCCGCGGGCCAUGGGCUUCUUCGUGAGCAGCGGUCUAGGCGAUCGGGCCGACCAGGUGCGCCGCGACAUGCUGGCCGCCGCCAUGGCACUGGUCGAGCUACACGGCAAGGAGACCCUCAGCAGCCAGCUGCCUGUGUUCGAGAAGUUCCUGGACACGGCGCCUAAGUCCGGGGGGUACGACGCCGUGCGACAGUGCGUCGUACUUCUGGUGGGAUCGCUGGCUAGACACCUGGCACCUGAAGACGCACGCGUGCGACCCAUCACGCUGCGGCUAAUCUCCGCUCUCUCCACUCCUAGCCAACAGGUACAAGAGGCUGUGAGCAACUGUCUGCCGCACCUGGUGACGUCCCCUGCCCUGGAAGACGACAUCCCCGCCAUAGUCAACAAACUGUUGAAGCAACUCCUGACUGCUGAGAAAUAUGGCGACAGAAAGGGCGCCGCGUACGGUAUAGCAGGAAUCAUCAAAGGCCUCGGUAUUCUGUCACUGAAACAACUCGACGUGAUGGGGAAACUGACUGAGGCCAUACAGGAGAAGAAGAAUUAUAAAUACAGAGAAGGAGCUCUGUUCGGCUUUGAAAUGCUGUGUUGUAAGCUGGGGCGUCUCUUCGAGCCGUACAUCGUCCACGUCCUGCCUCACCUGCUGCUGUGUUUCGGUGACUCGUCGCAGUACGUCCGCGCUGCCGCCGACGACACCGCCAAGCUCAUCAUGAGCCGCCUGUCCGCUCACGGCGUCAAACUGGUCCUGCCGUCGCUACUGCAAGCGCUGCAGGACGACAACUGGCGCACGAAGGCCGGCUCCAUCGAACUGCUGGGAGCCAUGGCCUACUGUGCGCCCAAGCAGCUCUCCUCGUGUCUACCCUCCAUCGUACCCAAACUUAUAGAAGUUCUUAGUGAUUCACACAUGCGAGUGCAGGCCGCGGGCGCGGAAGCGCUCAAGGUCAUCGGCUCCGUUAUUCGAAAUCCAGAAAUCCAAGCAAUCGUGCCCGUACUGCUGCAAGCGCUGCAAGAUCCGUCCAACAAAACGUCCCUGUGCUUACAAACCUUACUGGACACCAAGUUCGUGCACUUCAUCGACGCGCCGUCGUUGGCUCUCAUCAUGCCGGUGGUGGAGCGCGCCUUCCUGGACCGCAGCACCGAGACGCGGAAGAUGGCGGCGCAAAUCAUCGGCAACAUGUACUCCCUGACGGACCAGAAGGACCUGACGCCGUACCUGCCGAGCAUCAUCCCGGGGCUUAAGAGCUCGCUGCUCGAUCCCGUGCCCGAGGUGCGCUCGGUGUCCGCCCGCGCGCUGGGGGCCAUGGUCCGAGGGAUGGGCGAGGGUAGCUUCGAGGAGCUCCUGCCUUGGCUCAUGCACACCCUCACUUCAGAGUCCAGCUCCGUGGAUCGCUCGGGUGCCGCCCAGGGUCUCUCCGAGGUAGUGGCCGGCCUCGGAAGUCACAAGCUGCACAAGAUUAUGCCCGACAUCAUAGCGACGGCGGAGCGCACGGACAUCGCCCCGCACGUGAAGGACGGCUACAUCAUGAUGUUCAUCUACAUGCCCGGAGCCUUCACGGACGAGUUCACGCCCUACAUCGGACAGAUCAUCAACCCCAUACUGAAGGCGCUCGCCGACGAGAACGAGUACGUCCGGGAGACGGCGCUCAAGGCCGGCCAGAGGAUCGUCAACCUGUACGCCGAGUCCGCCAUCGCGCUGCUGCUGCCGGAGCUGGAGAAGGGUCUGUUCGAUGACAACUGGCGCAUCCGGUACAGCUCCGUCCAGCUGCUGGGUGACCUGCUGUAUCGCAUCUCCGGGGUGUCCGGCAAGAUGAGCACCGAGACCGCGUCUGAAGACGACAAUUUCGGUACCGAGCACUCGCACAAGGCAAUCAUCACGGCGCUCGGCACCGAACGACGGAACCGCGUGCUGGCCGGACUCUACAUGGGCCGCAGCGACGUGGCGCUCAUGGUGCGCCAGGCCGCGCUGCACGUGUGGAAGGUGGUCGUCACCAACACGCCCAAGACGCUGAGGGAGAUACUGCCCACGCUGUUCAACCUCCUCCUCGGCUGCCUGGCCUCCACCAGCUACGACAAGCGGCAGGUGGCUGCCAGGACGCUCGGUGACCUCGUCCGGAAGCUCGGUGAGCGCGUGCUGCCAGACAUCGUGCCGAUAUUGGAGCGCGGUCUGCGGUCGGAGCGGCCGGACCAGCGCCAGGGAGUCUGCAUCGGCCUCGGGGAGAUCCUCGCCUCCACGUCCAGAGACGCCGUUCUGAGUUUCGCAGAUGGACUGGUGCCGACGGUGCGCACGGCCCUGUGCGACGAGCUGCCCGAAGUGCGCAUGGCGGCGGCGCGCGCAUUCGACAGCUUACACGCCACUAUCGGCAAUAAAGCCCUAGACGACAUCCUGCCGCCCAUGCUGGCCGCCCUGCACCACCCAGACCCCGCCGUCGCGGACGCUACUCUCGAUGGUCUCAAACAGAUAAUGGCGAUAAAGUCUCGUGCGGUGCUGCCGUAUCUGAUCCCGGUGCUGACCGGCGGAGGCGCGGGAGGCUCCGUCGACACGCGAGCCCUGUCAGCGCUGGCGGCGGCGGCGGGCAGCGCCCUCGGCCGUCACCUGCCGCGCGUCCUGCCGGCGCUGCUGUCUUCCCUGGUGGAGGCGCGAGGCACGCCGCACGAGGCCAGGGAGCUCGAGUACUGCCGGGACGCCUUGCUGCCCGUAGUGGACGACGCCGGCGUGCGAUGUAUCAUCGACGCUCUGAUGGAGAACGUGCGCGGUGCGGCGGACGGUACUGGGGAGCGACGGCGCGCGGCGGCCGCCCUGCUGUGCGCCUUCGUGACGCACACGCGGGCCGACCUCAUCCCGCACGUGCCGACGUUGCUGCGAGCGUUGCUACUGCUGUUCGCGGAAAAGGACCGCGACGUGUUGCUGGUCGCAUGGGAGGCGCUGUCUGCCCUCACACGCAUGCUGGAGGCCGAGAAACAAUUGGGUUACGUGUCGGAGGUGCGCCAGGCCGUACGGUACGCCGCCGCCGACCUCAAGGGUGAGCCGCUACCAGGAUUCUGUUUGCCAAAGGGUAUAGCGCCGAUCCUGCCGUUAUUCCGUGAGGCCAUUCUCAACGGCCUGCCCGAGGAGAAAGAGAACGCGGCGCUGAUGCUGGGGGAGGUCAUCAAACUCACGACGGCGGCCGCGAUCCAGCCCUCGGUCGUGCACAUCACGGGACCCCUCAUCCGUAUCCUGGGAGAUCGGUUCAACUCUAGCGUCAAAGCGGCCGUGCUCGAGACGCUAGCUUUACUCCUCUCGAAGGUGGGCGUGAUGCUGAAACAAUUCCUGCCACAACUACAGACGACAUUCGUGAAGGGUCUGUACGACGCCAACCGGCCGGUGCGGAUCAAGGCGGGCCUCGCGCUGUCCCAGCUCGUGCUGAUCCACACCAGAGCCGACCCGCUUUUCCUGGAGGUCCACAACGGAGUCAAGAACUCGGACGACAUCGCCGUCAAAGAGACGAUGCUGCAGGCUCUGCGCAGCGUCAUCACCAACGGCGGAGACAAAAUGUCGGAGCAGCUCGCGCUCACCCUGCUGGCUAUGCUGACGUGUCCCGCCCUGCUCGCCCACCCCGAGGACCCGCCGCGGGCCGGCGUCGGUGGCUGUCUGGGCGCUCUGCUGCACUGCCUGGCACCGGCGCACCGCGACGCCGCGCUGCUGCAUCACGUGCUGGCCGCCGGCAACCCCACGCCCUCUGCCCUGGCCGCCGCCGACGACUGGCCUCUGGCCCACGGCCGCUCCUGCGCUCUCUUCGUGGCGCUCAAGGAGACGCCAGACCGGAUCUACCGCGACCACUUCCAGGAGAAGAUCGACCGAGCGCUGCUCGCCUACCUCGCCAGCGACAAGAUCCCCAUCGUCUGUAACGGCAUUCGAGGGAUCGGGUACCUCAUCCGACAUCUCCUGUCCAGCGACACGCCCGUCCCGCCCAAUAUUCUGUCACAAUUCGUCAGGAGCAUGAACCACAGCAGCAACGAGGUGAAGCAGCUGAUGGCGCGCGCCUGCACGCUGGUGGGGCGCGCGGGCUGUGCCGACACGCGCGGCCCGGGGGCAGACGUGCUGCGGGCGCUCCUGCCGGCCCUCGUCAACGGCACCAAGGAGAAGAACUCGUACGUACGCGCCAACGCCGAGAUCGCGCUCCGAGCCGUGCUGCGCCUCACUCAGGACGACAGCUUCUACCAGCAAUGUCUGUCGCUGCUGGAGGAGGGCGGGCGGGAGGCGCUGGCGGACGUGGUGGCCCGCGUGCUGCGCCGCGCCCCAGCCGACGGCAGAGACGAGGACCUGGACUGCACCCUCAUCACCUGAGGAGAGGCGACUGCAGGAGACACUUAUAAAUAUACCUUUAUAACAUCA